GCAGACCCCGGCGGCUGCCUGCAGCCCGCCUCCUGCCGGCCGCUGCGCAAGGGCGAGUGCUUCUUCCAGCCGCUGGUGGACGGGCAGCCCAAGUCGCUGGUGGGCGGCAAGGUGGUGAUGAUUCUCAACCCCUGCUACGACUCGGGUGACAUCAGGGUGCUGAGGGCGGUGGCGCCGCCCUCCCCCGCGACCGCCCGCCUCACGGACGUGCUGGUGCUGCCGGUGCAGGGGGACAGACCCUCUGACGCCUCUGAUUCCAUCUGUGAAGCGCUGUGCCGUUUCGGCCAUGCUUUGGCCCCAAAGUAUACGUGUGUUAGUCAGUUUUUGCAGCAGCUCCCAGCCCACUUGAAAGAUAAUUGCAAGGAUCCCGACCAUGGCGGUCGCCGCUGCUGGAACGAGCCAUGAAGGCAUCGCGUCUACCUAACGUGACUUCCAAUCGACACCUGCUAACUCAAGAAGGAUUACCUAUUGCUUAGCAACAUAAUUCCGUUUAUCGUCAUGUUCUGUUUGCAAUCACGAUAGGCCUGCACCCGUGUGCACCCGUGUUCGUACAAGGCCGAACUUCGGUUACCGUACCCGUUUGCGAUAAGCUCUGACUUUCCUGGCAUAUACAAUGCGUUACAACGCUAGUUUACUAUGCAUGGCGUCGCCCUAGGACGAAGUGCUUGGAUGCUGCGUCGCCGGGCAAGGGCCCUUGCCUCGAGUACUCCACAUGUUGCUGCGCUUACAUCCUUCAAGUUUGAUCCGCCACAGUAAAGUAGUUGUUAAGAGGUCCUCAAAACGCAACCAGACUGGUUCUUGUCGGCCCCAAGGUCGCUCGGUCUUCCGCAACAGUACCGGCGGAAUGGUGGACCUUGCGCAAAAUAGGCAAAGCAACGGCGCUCAAAGGCUUGCCGUCUCGGCACCGGGAAGCCACAUGGCCGCUGAUCAGGACAGGGGUCACGCUCGCGGGGAUGCAGGCAGAGUUGGACUAGCAUCGCAGCAACGUGUUGAUGGUGGCAACCCGCAGCAGCAUCAGCCGAACCCCUCGGAACCCCAGCAACAGCACCACCAGCAGCACCGCGCC